AUGGCAUAUGAUAAGAAUGGUAGAGCAUAUUUGAAGCGAGCAUUCAAUACACAGGUUUGUGAACAACUUAAUGCAUGGCUUGGUGGAUAUCAAUCAAUUCUCAAACAUAUGACACCUGGAAAUUUCAACUGGUUUUUACACACCAUGCUGUUCUAUCACACAAAGUAUGUCCUCCACAAACAAGAGAUGAAGAAAUCAGAUGAAGAUGAGGAGGAAAACUUAGGUUUAGAUGAAGAAGCUCAAGAUGAUGAGGACAACUAA